AUGGAUCUUGCAGGAUGCUUGGAAUGUGGUGAAGUCCAUAAUUGCAAAGAUGAAAGUAGCUGUGACCUUAUCGAUGAGAACGAUAGCCGUGUAUGCUUCAUUACAGGGUGUUGUGUCAAACAGAAGGUGUUCCCAAUGGAUGAAUUCAUGGAUAAUAUGAUGCUAGAUGAAGACAUCUUGGUCUCAAACGUGAGCAACAGGGACUUUUACAACAAGGUCAUGUCACAGAAAACAGUGGAGGAUAGUCUUUACAGUUUCGAUGAAGUGAAUAAAUGCCUUGUAUGGAUAUUGUCAUCCGAUGUUUGUAAGAAGAGUUACAUGAACGAAAAGAAUAGAAUGAUGCUCAAGCACAGGCAAGUGAUGUGGAAACUUUUAAAAGAUUUCAAGAUCAAUAAUCCAGGAAAAGUACCGAGGCUUUGCAACAUAGUCACCAACAUGUUGCACCAAUGUAGCAAGAUAAGGAUCUGUUAUCCCGAAUGGGACGAAGAGAUGCGCAGAUCCGUUGCUUCCACCGCUUCAGAAUACAUUGUCCGAUUCUUGAAUAUGUUGUCACAGAAGUUCAGUACACAGCUUGGGAUGUUCAAGAAAAACGUGCUCUUCAUAGGGAUCGUAUACCUGAUGAGAAUGGGCAUCACCAUGCAAAACGUUAUACUCCUACCCAAGAUACACGAGCUACAGCACCUGCUGCCCAUCGAGGCCCACCUGAAAUGCUAUUUUAAGAUAAAGUGUAAGUUCAUCACCGAGGUUGAAAAUCUUAUUAAGAUGUGCAUACGUAAUUUGACCAAUAAGGAGAUAGAUGUCAUGGGUUUUACUAGUGUCGAUAUAAAGUACUAA